AUCAGAUUGGCCGGCUUUGUUGUCGCGCCGUCCGAGGGUUAUUGAAAAUGACGAAAAAUGUAGUUAAGGUAACUUGUUCACCUGCAUACAAAUCAAGUAAUGGCCAGCCUAUUCACUUACAUGUUCCUGGAGAUACACCGAUUCACCUUCACGUUAAUCAAAAAACCCAAGUAUCUCGACUUCCAGAAUCUGGAAAUGUGAAGCUAACUGACAUUGGUCCAUAUCAGGCACCGUGGGUGCCACCACCAGCGAAAACGAGUUCAGGUCGAUUUUCAUGUGAUCCAGCACGUCGUGUCACUAUAAAGCCUGACAGAAGAAAACACAGAUCACGCUCUGCAGAAUCAUUCAGUGAGAAUUUGAAUAAGGUUAGUACUACUGAAUUAAACGAGGUCGAAUCUGACAAAGAAGUACCAAUUGAAUGUCCAAAAGAAUGUAUUUCAUGCAAAACAAUAUCUAAUGAAGAACAACUACUACACACUUCUGAUAAACUGAAAGAUACGCACAUAUACGGGAAUAGUAGAUUAUUUGAAGGGGAUAAACCAGCCAAUGAGGCGUCAUUUUGCACUAGUUCAAUUCUAGACGAAUGGAUUAAGGAUUUGGAUAAUGCAAUUAGUCGUGUUGCAAAAUCAGCAAGAAAUAUAGUUGACUGUAUUGAACAGGUUGCAUAUGAAGGUAGACGUGUUGAUUCACACGAUAUGUUACGUCUUGUGCAACCAAGAGAUGAAUUACUGCUACAAACUGAAGUUGCUGGACGCGCAGGACGAGAAUUAUGCAGAUGGGCGUCAAGUGUUCAGCAACAACAGAAUGAAAUUUUAGCCAAUCGAUUAUCUCAAACACAAACACGUGAGGCGAAUCUGAAUGCUGAAGUGAAACGCCUAACAGAAAAACUGGAUCGAAUGGAAAUCGACUUAGAAGUAGCUCAAAAACAAUUAAAUGAACAACAAAAUGAAAGUUUAAAGUAUAAUACAGUUCAUGAAUCUAUGGAAAGCGUUAAGGGUCAUUUACAACGUCAACUUCGACAACGUGAUUCAGAGUGUAGUCGAUUGUCUAUUCAAGUACGUAAUUUAGAAACACGUCUAGCUGAACAACAAGCUCAAAACCAAGUUCGGCUAGAAACAGCAGAAGCCAACUUAGAACGUAUGCGAGAAACAAAAGAAGCCUUGAAACGAGCCGCUAAAUCACAGAAACGUCGUGCAGAUGAAGCUGAAGAAGCAUUUCGUGAAAUCUCUCAUAAACUAGCUACUCAAGAGUCUAUUAUAGCCGGUUUUCGGGCAGAAUUAGAAAACUCUAAUCUACGAUCUAGAAGCCGUAGUAAAGAACGUCAGUUACAUGAUGAUAUGAUAGGUGGUGGUAUAUUUGAUAGUAAUGGCCUAACGAAUGCGAGCAGACCACCUGUAUACACUGAUGGCGAUAAAGAUUUGAGAGAGGAGAAUAUCCGAUUACGUGAAGUGGCCUUAAAAUGUGAACAACGAUUGCAUACAGCUGAAGAAGAAUUAGAACGUCUACGAACAAAUUUAUCUAAUUGUGAAACAUUAUUAUAUGAUUAUCAUGGUGAUGCUGCAACUCAAGCUAACCGAUUACACACAUUGAAUGAACGUUUAAAGAAAACUGAAGCUGAUAGAGAACGUAGUCAAAUUCAAUUAGACGAUGUAGAGAGAAGAUUAUUUGAAGCAGAAAAUCGUAAUCGUGUCUUAGAGAGCGCAUUGCAAAUGCAGGAAACUAAGAAAGGUGAUGACUGCACAAAGCCUAGUACACCAAUUCACAAAACAACAACAUUAUCAUCACCAUCGAAAACACUGGGUAAACACCAACACCACCACCAACAGCAACAACAACCAUCAAAUCUCAGCAACGAUGACUAUGCAAGUCAAAAUGUUAAAUUAAAUAUAGACAGUGAUACAACAAAAACGUUAAAAGAUCGACAAACUACUAAGACAACGACAAUCAAUACUACUUCUAAUAAUAAUAAUGCAAGCGAUGAUUUAAUUCAAGAAUUACGACGUGAAUUAACUGAAGCACAGAAUGAAAAAAAGCAAAUAGAAAAUCGUACAGAAAUACGCCUACAAGAUUUACGUGCACAAUUAAAUCAAGCUGAUGCUACAAAUCGUAGUUUACAGGCUUAUUUAACUUUCUUGAAACGUUCUUAUGCCAGUGUCUUCCAGACUGAUGAUAUGCUCCUGAUUAAUCCGGUAUUGUUCAGUCAGAAUAAUCCAGUUAAACGUACAUUGGCAACAAAACACUUAGGCGAGAAUAUUGUCCCUAAUACUACUACUACUAAUACAACUGCAACUGCAACGGAUCGUAAUCAUAACAAUAGUGCUGGGAAGGUUACAGGUCAGUAGGACAUAGGUACAUAUACAGAUUUCAUUGUAAUGUCACUCUGUUCAGCAAGGAGUAACCAGCAUAGAAGACAAAAGACAGCAAGUUGGUAAUUAUAUAUACACCUUUCUUUUUUAUUGCAUAACGUUUUAUACAGUAUAGUUUUCUAAGUGCUAAGACACAAGUACUUCUACAUAACGAGUAACCACCAAUACUGUAACACGGUAAAUAAAAGCCUAUAUACACAUCUACAUAGUGAAUGAAUGAAUUAAUAUACACAACACAAUGCCUGUGAUAAUUUCUUAAAAGUUUUAACAGUAUUCAAUAGUUUGUCACAGUUGUUCGUUU